GAGCGCGAAUAGCGUUCCUUCUUUCAGACUUACUCCCUGAUGCUGUAAGGGCCGCCGUGUGAUUGGCGGAGUUCAGGGAACGUCAAAUGGCGUCAUAUGGCACGGCGGUAUGUUGGCUGGGGGUGGUGCCGGUGCUACCUUGCUUCCCUCUCUAGCCUCUUCUUUUCUCUGCUCUCUUUCAUGCAGCCGGGGAAGUUCGCAGCAGCGGCAAUCGGGCCCCACCGAAGGUGCAACCAUGGCCGGCGUCUUCUCCUACGAGAGCUUGGUCCAUGCCAUGGCUGGAGCUGUGGGUAGUGUGACAGCAAUGACUGUGUUUUAUCCUCUGGAUACAGCUAGACUAAGACUUCAAGUUGAUGAAAAACGCAGAUCAAAAACCACACAUACAGUUCUUUUGGAGAUAAUUAAAGAAGAAGGCAUCUUUGCACCAUAUCGAGGGUGGUUCCCUGUUAUCUCCAGCCUUUGUUGUUCCAACUUCGUCUAUUUCUAUACGUUUAAUAGUUUAAAAACUCUUUGGGUCAAAGGUCAUAAUUCAACUACAGGGAAGGACUUAAUUCUUGGGAUGGUUGCAGGUAUAGUGAAUGUAUUGUUGACUACUCCACUCUGGGUAGUGAACACCCGUCUUAAACUCCAGGGGGCAAAAUUUAGAAAUGAAGAUAUUAUACCAACCAAUUACAAAGGCAUUGUAGAUGCCUUUCAUCAGAUAAUACGAGAUGAAGGAAUCUUGGCUUUGUGGAAUGGUACUUUCCCCUCACUGCUGUUAGUUUUUAACCCUGCCAUACAAUUCAUGUUUUAUGAAGGGCUUAAGAGGAAACUUUUAAAAAGACAACUGCAGCUGUCUUCACUGGAUGCCUUUGCUAUUGGAGCAAUAGCUAAAGCAAUUGCCACCACCCUCACUUAUCCUAUGCAGACAGUACAGUCAAUUUUACGGUUUGGACAUCACCGACUGAACCCUGAAAACAAGAGAUUAGGUAGUCUUAAAAAUGUUCUCUACCUUCUUAAACAAAGAAUAAAGCGCUUUGGAUUAGCAGGACUCUAUAAAGGAUUAGAGGCAAAGCUGCUCCAGACAGUCCUCACUGCUGCACUCAUGUUUCUUGUCUACGAAAAACUUACCGCUGUUACUUUCACAGUCAUGGGGUUAAAGCAUUCAUUGAAGAACUAAAAUAUAGGACUAUAAAGCAUAUAAAUUUCUUAAGUUUUAUUAUUAUCAGAAUACCUGGCAAAUAAGGUUAAUUAUGGGUGCCAUAAGCAGUUUUAUCCCAAGGCCAAAAUGUUAUAUUACUGUGCUUGUGUUUUCAGUUAAAACUUUAGAAUGUAUGUAAAAAGAAACUUGAAAUAUAAUCUGGAAGUAUCUACUCCCAGUAUCUAUUAGAUGGUUUGAUCAUCUUUUUGGAAAUGUUUUUAUAAGAGCAAAAUUAAAAAUAUUCCAGUAUCUAGAAGGCAGCUCCUUUAUUCAGUUCUAUAUGAAGACUAGGGUAUUCUUCGAUUUUUUCAUAUAUUUUAAAAUACACUUCCACCAUUAACUCUCCAUUUGCUGUCAGACUGUAUUUCAAAUAUUUGGUGUUACACAAUCAUCUUAAUAAUAAUCCAAUAAAGAUUUCAUAAAGAAUUGUCCUUAGAUAAACUUUAAUUGGCUAAGAAUGUUUUAAUUCCUGUGCAGCAAUCUAAGAAUUUUGAAGAAUUCAUUUGAAAUUGCAUUAAGCAUCAGUUUUCUUACUGUUUUAAUGCAUAAUUAAAUAUUGUGCCAGGCUUCCCUAAUAUGGUAAAAUUGGAUAAUAUACAUAAAUGCAGAAUGUUAAUAAUGUCAGAUUUCUGACAUUUAAAAAAUUAAAAUUAUUCCAUACAUACUUCUUUCCCUCUUCUAUCAUAUGAACCAUUUUAACAUAAAAUGUAGAAAUGGGAAUUAUCUUUUUAUACAUAGUAGAAGCCCCACCUUUAAAAAAUGUAAUUACCAUGUGAAAUUGUUCAAACAUUGUGAUUAUUUAUUAUGUACCAAAAUAGGUAACUAUAAAUCUUGAGUUUAUAUGCUACCUCUCUGGUAUAAUUAUGGGACAGUUGGAAACUUCAAUUCCAUUUUUUAAAUUGCAUUUUUCCUUUUUGUUCCAGUCCAAGUGCAUCCUGUUGAUUUUAACUAUUUAAGUCAACUUCAAAACAUAAAAAUUGGCCUAUUUCAAGAAAUCAUAGUUAAGAUUUAACUAUGCUAUUGGUUUAAAGAGUAUUUUAAACAGUAUUUAUUUAGGGUUAAUAAAUAAAAUCAGUUAUUGCAGCCAUGCUAGAAGAAGAGAAUGAGGAUUGAAUGUGCAAGUUUAUGAUUCAUUCUUAUUGUAAUAAACCAGAGUACUGUACUAUCUGUACAUUAAGUAAAAGCACAUGUACCCUAGUAUUAAAACUACAAUUAAAAUUUGAAAAAAGGAUCAACCCACAACAAAUAAUAAACUUUCCAUAUUGUAACCGUAAUGAUUGUCUGAAAGGCUAAGAAGUAUUCCAGAGUAUUUAUUAUUACUCCAGAUCCAUAAUUCAUAAAUGAAGAAUAAAUUUGUUCUGAAA